UUGGUCAAUUGUUUACGCGUUACACAAGCUGUUUCAUAAAUUUUAAAAGCAGAAGUUGUGUAAGGUGGAGAAUAUUUGCCAAAUGACAUAAUAAGCGGCGCCGAGUGCACUCACAUCUCUGCAGCGACCCAGAUCAUCUUCAUCUGUACACAGUGAUAGAGCUGUCAGGUUGCAGUGAUGUGGAUUUCAGGUCUAUUGCUCCUCCUGGUUGGACUCUGGCAUCAGUCCCACUCCCAGAGCUCUGAGCCCAUGCUUCAGGUCGUUACACAGACGAUGCUUCCCCCCGACAGUCUGCACAACCCCACGCAGCUCAACUAUGGGAUGGCUGUAACAGACGUGGAUGGUGAUGGUGACCUGGAAGUGGUAGUGGCAGGGUACAAUGGCCCCAACCUGGUGCUGAAAUAUGAUCGCACUCAGAAGAGGCUGGUAAACAUUGCUGUUGAUGACAGUAACUCUCCUUACUACGCCCUGAGGGACCGAGCAGGGAAUGCUAUUGGAGUUACUGCCUGUGAUGUGGAUGGAGAUGGCCGUGAGGAGAUCUACUUCCUCAACACAAACAAUGCUUACUCUGGACAGGCAACUUAUUCAGACAAGCUCUUCAAGUUUCGAAAUGGUCGCUUUGAAGAUCUUCUGAGCGACGAGCUCAAUGUACGUCGCGGCGUUGCUAAUCGCAUGGCAGGACGUUCAGUUGCAUGUGUUGACAGGAAGGGAACAGGCCGUUACUCAGUCUACGUGGCCAACUACGCCAGUGGCAACAUCGGCCCCCACGCUCUCUUAGAAAUGGAUGAGGCUGCCAGUGAUGUCACCAAGGGCAUCGUGGCUCUGUCUGACGUGGCCGCAGACGCCGGGGUCAACAAGCUCACAGGUGGACGUGGUGUGUUGGUUGGACCAAUCCUAAGCCAGUCGCGGUCGGAUGUGUUCUGCGACAACGAGAAUGGACCAAACUUCCUGUUCAAGAAUAAUGGAGACGGGACUUUUGUUGAUAUGGCCAGACAGGCAGGUGUAGAGGACCGGUACCAGCAUGGUAGAGGAGUAGCACUAGCCGACUUCAACGGUGAUGGAAAGACAGACAUUGUCUAUGGCAACUGGAACGGCCCACACAGACUUUUCCUGCAAGGCAGUGACUCUAAAUUCCGGAACAUAGCCACUGGAGAAUUUGCUGUGCCCUCACCUAUUCGCACAGUCAUCGCUGCCGACUUUGACAAUGACAAGGAGCUGGAGGUGUUUUUCAACAACAUUGCUUACAAAGGCAAUGCCCCCAACAGGCUGUUCAGGGUGUCAAGGAGAGCUGGUGCAGACCCUUUGAUCCAGGAACUUAAUGUGGGAGAUGCUGCGGAGCCACAAGGAAGAGGAACAGGUGGCACUGUGGCAGACUUAGAUGGGGAUGGACAGCUGGAGCUGCUGCUGGCACAUGGGGAGAGCGCCCAGCAGCCAAUCUCUGUCUUCAAGGUCACACAGGGCUCGUCCAACAACUGGCUGCGGGUCAUCCCUCGCACCCAGUUUGGCUCGUUUGCCCGGGGAGCCAAGGUAACAGCCUUCACCAAUCAGAGUGGAGCUCACACGCGCAUCAUUGACGGAGGCUCGGGGUACCUUUGUGAGAUGGAGCCUGUCGCACACUUUGGUUUAGGAAAUGAUGAGGUGACGGUGCUGGAGGUCUCCUGGCCCGACGGCAGCUCCAUCACUCGAACCCUACAGCCUGGUGAAUUGAACUCAGUGGUGGAAGUGGCCUAUCCCACAGAAGGGCAAACGGUUGUGCUUGCCAAUGACACGCAGUGUGGUAAAGGCUUUACUGUCAAGAAUGGCUACUGUGCAGGUCUGUGAGGAUAAUCACAUGGAAUGCAAUAUCAAAUUUCUGUGGAAAAUGUUACAGAACACAUGGUUUUAAAAUACUUGUCUUUUUGUCGGGCUUAGUUGUUUUCUUUACUCUAUGAGUAGUUUUAGUCUUUUUGUGUUUUUCUGCUAGGUUAUGGAAAUUAUUUUGUAUGUGCCAUGGCAAACCCUUCUAAAUAAACUGCUACAAGUCAG